ACCUCCGAUCUCCCAUUUCCUCACAACCUCACCCGGCUCCAUCCACGCGGCUCCAACGCCAGCCACAGCACGAGCCAUGGACUCGCGCGUCGUGGACGGCGCAGGUGGGGGUGCCGACGCCUCCUUGCCGGCCGAUCCGCCGAGCCCCGUGCCCGAUCCGGCCGCGGGCGGGAUGGAUGCGCGCCUCCCAUCGGACCUGCUUCGUGCAGUGCUGCAAAGGCUGCCGCCGAUCGACCUCGCGCGGUCCGCCUGCGUCUGCCGAGCGUGGCGCGCGGUUGCCUCCGACCGCGCCGUGGUCGAGGCCGCCUUCUGUGCGCCCUGGGGAGUGCGGCGCGUCGUCGGAGAGCCGGCGACGGGGGCCUUCUGGCGGGCCGCCUCCCUUGGGAGAUUUGCGCUGUCGCAUGCGAUCCGCCGCGGGGAUACCGUCCCCGGUGUCGCUCUCAAGUACUCCGUGCAGGUGACCGAUAUCAAACGAUUCAACAACAUGAUGAGUGACCAUGGCAUCUAUUCGAGGGAGAGGCUUCUGGUUCCGAUCAGCAACCCAGAAAUCCUUCUUGGCAGCACCUGCUACAUCGAGAUGGACCAUAACGCUAAGAGAGAGGUUGCAAUCUUUUACCCCGAGGGACGCCCAGGUGGCAAAACUGACUCUGUGGCAAGCAUUGUCUCUGCGGAGAGGAGAAACAAAAGGAUUCUCGAGUCGGUGAGGCGGAGCCUGCACGUCGAUGAUGGCACUGCUGCGUACUACUUAUCUGUUACUGAGGGUGAUCCGAGGGCUGCCAUGACGGAGUACUCCGAGGACCUGAGGUGGGAGCAGCAACGCGCAGGUCGGUAGAUUCAUAUAUAUUCCAAUGGCAUAUGUUAAGAUCAUGGUGCUUGAUCCUUAUCAUUUGGUGUAUAUAUUGUACAAUCUGGAUGGUUGUAAGUAUAAAUACAAACUUUGGUCUAAUGAAUAUAGAUGCAUGUACAUGAUAACAAUUGCCAAAUGGCAUCGGUGCUGAGAACAA